CCGCGGCGCUCCCGGUGCUGACACUGGGGGGACGAAACCCGCAGCGGAGCGCCGCGUCUGAAUGGCGGAGCACCGAGGAGGCCGAGGCGGAGCGAGGAGGGAGGCGGCGAGGCCUUUGUAGUCGGGGAGGAAUGCGGAAAUGUCCCCGCUCCGUGUCAAACCUCUCUGAAGGGGGUCAGGCCACAUUCAGCCGGCGUGGGAAAGGCAGGCAGAGCCGGAGCUCACACACACACACACACACACAGAGGCAGGAGCGGGGCUGCAGUUGCAUAUAUACAUAGGGCCGAUCCGGGGAUAUAUGCACUAAAGAGAGAGAGAGAGGGGAAGAGAAAGAAACAUCCAAAAGAGGAGCUUGAUUUUUUUGUUGUUGUUGGAGGGGCUAUAUCACGCGUUUGCCUUUGUGCUGUGACCCCCUCCCCACCCAACACGCCUCAUCCCCUUCCCCUACACACUAACUUGCAGUGAGAGUGUGUGUGUUAGUACAGCCCUCCACCACCACCGCCCUCCUCCCCUUGUGUGAGUGUCUCUGCCGGGGCUGGUGCCGAGUCUGAGGCAUGGGGGGUUAAAGAGGAGGACUGCAUGCACCCGUCCCCCCCACCCCCCCCAAAAAAACUACCUGUGUGGCCCCCGCAUGCACGCAUGUGGAGGAAAGAGGACAGCGGACCGGGGAUGCGUUUGAUGCGGAGACAAGGUCUUAUUAUCCCCGAGACAACAACAGCGACGAGCGCCUCCUCAGCAUUUUAUCGGACAUUUAUUGACAACGUAAAAAUAAGGCAUGGCAUGUGCCGACUCUCUUCUGUGAAUAUGCCUUCGUAAAGUUCUCUGGCUCGCCAACACUCGCCGGGAUUCCCCGCAAUAUUUUCAACAAGAGACGGAGGCAGAGAGACAGAGAGGAAAGGGAAAAAAUAUUCUGCAAAAAUGGACAGAGAGAGUAUUGGCACUCAGUAUGAGCCCGUCGCCGAGAUCGGAGAAGGCGCUUAUGGGAAAGUGUACAAGGCGAGGGACCUGAAGAACGGGGGCCGAUUUGUAGCCCUGAAAAGAGUUCGAGUCCAGACGGAGGAAGAAGGGAUGCCUCUUUCCACCAUCCGGGAGGUGGCGGUACUGAGGCAGCUUGAGGCCUUCGAGCACCCCAAUGUUGUAAGGUUGUUUGACGUGUGCACAGUCUCUCGAACUGACCGAGAAACCAAACUCACCCUGGUCUUUGAGCACGUGGAUCAGGACCUGACCACCUACCUGGAGAAGGCCCCUGACCCUGGAGUACCACCUGAGACCAUCAAGGAUAUGAUGUACCAGCUGCUCCAGGGGUUGGACUUCCUGCACUCUCACCGUGUGGUCCACCGCGACCUGAAGCCCCAGAACAUCCUGGUCACCAGCGGAGGACAGAUCAAACUAGCAGAUUUCGGCCUGGCGCGCAUCUACAGCUUCCAGAUGGCGCUCACCUCUGUGGUGGUGACACUGUGGUACAGAGCCCCAGAAGUGCUGCUCCAGUCCAGUUACGCUACACCAGUGGACCUGUGGAGCGUUGGCUGCAUCUUUGCUGAGAUGUUCAGGAGAAGGCCGCUGCUUCGAGGAAACUCAGAUGUUGAUCAGCUGGGAAAGAUUUUUGAUGUUGUCGGGGUACCUUCAGUAGAGGACUGGCCCCAGGAAGUGGCCCUUCCACAGAGUGCCUUCCCCCCUCGGCCCCCUAAGCCCAUAGAAGACUUGAUUCCAGACAUGGACGAGCAAGGACGGGCCCUCUUAAUGCAAUUCCUCGCCUUCAACCCCUCCAGGAGGAUAUCGGCCUUCGCGGCACUGAGCCACCCCUACUUUCAAAGCGUGGACAGCCACAGUAGAAGUGUGUACGCGGCCCAGCCCAUCCCCAGCAACAAGCCCACUAUGGAGGAGAGGAGCGCCUGAUAGUCGUCCCUCGCCCUCAGUCAUCCAACACACCGUCUAUGAAAGGCGUUCAGCUCGCUGCUCUUGCCGUCUGCUUCAUGUUUGGUUAUACGCCGUGAAAUCAAAGUGCGUUGAUUAACAUUUUCCGGACACUGUUUGGCAUGUGAAUUUCAAAUGUCGAAGUGAAAACAAAACCUGUAGAAAAGGAUGAAAUUUCAAAUACAAAACACAAACUAACUGAUUGAAAGGUUGUCUGCUCCAUACUCACUGCCUCCACAUUUGACUGAUCUCCUCCCAAUGACUCCUCAUUUAAAUAAUGUCUCUGUUGUCAUGGUGUAGUUUAUAUCCAUUGCUGCAGCAGAUGCAUUUAAAAUCACAUUUUGAUUAACCACAGAGGAUUCUAUCUACUAUCCAACCUCAGAGAUUUGUUUUCUCUUUGACAAGGAGGGGAGAUGUUUUUCUAAAAUUCAGCAUCAAAAAAAGCUUAAUCGACUGUGAUUCCAUGUUGCGCAUAAACUCAGAAACAUGAAAUAGACCCACAGGGGGCAGAUACUUUUUAUAGUCGAUGCACGGCGCUCUGGGAAAGUCCUCAGAAGAAGAGCGAUUGUGUCGGGAACGACGACUCAAACGCUCUCGCCCCCUUGAACAAUGCACAAAGCUAUCCUCCUUCCAUGAACUGAUGGAUUGUAAUUGCUGCUUUUAGGUUUAAAAUGUUGAUGAUGGACUGUGUUUAAACAAUGCAAAGACACUUGCAUCGCAGACUGACUGGUGAUAGUGGAUGGACCAAACCGUCUAGGCCACGACGCAGAGGCCUCUUUGUGACCAGUGUUCAGCCUUGCAAGAGCCCUCUCUCGACUGAGGGGGGGAGGGGGGGACCAGACCAUACGGGAGCCCGUGUGGAUGGCGUCGGAUGUGGCAUGUGCACCACCACUGACAUUGGCGCACUCCUGCACACGCCUGCCCAUUUUGAACCAUUACAAGGCAUCACAAGCCAACCACUCGCUGCCUUGUCGUGACUUAUCAUUCCAGUCAUAUAUGUAUUAUAUCACUGCCACCUUGAGGAUGUCCUGAGUAACAGCAGACCAGUAGCGGGAUUCUAAUGGCCUCUGCACUCUUCGAGGGACUCGUCGUCGUCGUCAUUAUAUUUGGGCUGAUAUCGGUGCUGAGACAAUGAUGAAAGAACCUUAUAGAAAAGUUCCUGCCACUCACUCGGUGUUUUAUGACUUGCUUUUUAGUCUUUGCCGUCAUGGGCUUUUUUAUCCUUAUGAAAUACAAUUAUUAUUUACUAUUUGAAUGAUACAGUAAUGCACAGGCUUGCAAUAGGUGGAGAAAGUCCCACCAGCACUACUCAUCAUGAAAACAUUUGGCAUAGUAUUGUCGCCAAUAUUCUGUAUUUAAGUUUAAUUUUAUUGACAAGU